AAUACGUUUCCGUAGUUUUAGUAGUUGGUGUAAAAAAAUAAAUAAAAUAAAAGUUAAAAAAAACAUUGAGGACCACGUACAGCUAUGGCAAAUGUAAAUGACCAGUGGAUGGCAGCAUCGGUCACACCUCUCAGUCCAACCGCCCCACCCCUUUUUCUCUCUCUCUCUCCCUCCCUUGCUGCUUUUACUUUCUCUGUUUUUUCUGUCUUUCUGUCUCUCUCUUUUCCUGGCAAGAGUCAGUCCUUCACCGGGCUGCUUGUUCUGGGGGACCCAGCUGGAGUAUGAGAGCAUCACAACACAAGUGGAUCGGAGGAAGGGAGGCGAGGUGCCUGAAACAGUUGUGAUGUCCUUAAAGGUGAAACCAGAAUGAGGGCGGCACGGUGGACGACUGGUUAGAGCGUCAGCCUCACAGUUCUGAGGACCCGGAUUCAAUCCCCGUCCCCGCCUGUGUGGAGUUUGCAUGUUCUCCCCGUGCCUGCGUGGGUUUUCUCCGGGCACUCCGGUUUCCUCCCACAUCCCAAAAACAUGCAUGGUCAGAAUCAUGGGGUGAAGGGGGCUCUCCUCAGCUGACCUGAAGGCCGAUGACCAGUGAUGGCCACAGCAUCACCUCCACUUUUGAAGGACGGUGUGAUAAAUACAGAACAUCAACAACAGGAGGAAAAGCAGCAGGAGUUCCUGAGGUCACUGGAGAACAUCCUGCUCGCCAUUGCGCUGUCCGUCAUUAUCAUCAUGACGGUGUUCGGCAACCUGCUGGUCAUGGUGGCGCUAUGCAAGGAUCGACAUCUACGGAAGAAAAAGACCAACUACUUCAUUGUGUCGCUGGCCUUUGCUGACUUGUUGGUGGCGCUGGUGGUGAUGCCCUUUGCAGCCAUCGAGCUGACCACCGGCGUGUGGAAAUACGGCGAGAUUUUCUGUCUGGUGCGAACGUCGCUGGACGUCCUGUUGACCACCACAUCCAUCCUGCAUCUGUGCUGCAUUGCACUGGAUAGGUAUUACGCUAUCUGCUGCCAGCCUCUCGUGUACAGACACAAGAUGACCCCUUUCCGAGUGGCGGUGAUGCUCAGUGGCUGCUGGCUCAUCCCCACGUUCAUUUCCUUCCUACCCAUCAUGCAAAGCUGGAACGCCAUUGGCAUCGAGGAUAUAAUAAAAGAGAGGCGGACGUCACCAGGUGGCUCCAAUGACACGAGCUGCGUCUUUCUGGUCAAUCGGCCGUACGCGCUCAUCUGCUCCACGGUGGCCUUCUACGUUCCGCUGGCCCUUAUGGUCCUGGCCUACCAACGCAUCUACGUGACUGCCAUGAGCCACGUGCGACAGAUUGAGACCCUACAACGUGCCGGCUCCGCUCCAGUCACCAGGACGGCGGCCCCCACAGUCACUGCGAGGUCGUCGACGUGCUCUGACUCGGAGGACCACUGCCACCUCAGGACAGCGGGGGAACUCUCCUUCCCAGAGCCGGCUCCUUUAGCCAACAGCCGCUUGCGCAUUGAGACAAAGGCGGCAAAGACACUUGCAGUCAUAAUGGGCUGUUUCUGCCUGUGCUGGGCACCGUUCUUCAUCACCAAUGUGGUGGACCCCUUCAUCCACUACUCUGUGCCCUGGCAACUGUGGACAGCAUGGUUGUGGCUUGGCUACAUUAACUCCGGCCUUAAUCCAUUCCUGUACGCCUUCCUGAACCGAGCUUUUCGGAGGGCCUUUCUAGUCAUUCUUUGUUGUGGGGAUGAGCGCUUUGUACGGCAGGGGAGCCGCCCCUACGGACCUACCCACAGAGUCUGCUCGCCAACAUCCGUCAAUGGGACGUCUUUGGCACUGAGAUUGUCCUUCUUGCCAAAUCGAAGCUACUGUGACAACCGAAGAACCAUACUGUCCAACGAGCAGGAGUCCCAGGACUCCCUUGGACCUCUAUGAGGAAGACUUCUCCAGUUGAAGGCUUGCUGCGAUGCCGAGUUUCCUCUGUGACAUCAACUGCUGUCAACUGAUCUAAUUGUACCGUAGUGGUCAGGGAUGACAUCAUACCUGGAUAUUUAAUGAGCUCAUGUACGCUGGUGGACAUUCCAGUUAUUAAAGCAACAUCUGGACGACAGGAUGUAAAGGCUGCAAGGUGCUUCAUUGUUUUUAUAUAAUUUUCAUAAUAAGAGCCAACUGUGGGUCCAAUUGAAUUAAAGCUCAGUCUCUGCUUCA